AUUUUCGGAAAUUUCAAUGUUAUGAUUCGUUUUGGUCGCCUCGGACUUUAUCAAGUAAAAAUAUGACAAAUGGCAAAUUGAAAAGAAAUAAGAGUCAUCAGAAAUGGACUUUCUAACAGAAGUCUCAACAUUCACCUAUGAAGCUGGGCCUGUGAACUAUGAUGAGUUCCCACCAACAGAAGAACCUGUAUACCUUAUGGGAACCCCAUACAGUACUCUAUAUGAUUUAAAUGAGUUAAAACUUGAUUUCUUGUCCAGAAUUUGGUUAACAUACAGGAAAAACUUUCCAGCCAUAGGAGGAACUGGACCAACAUUAGACACAGGAUGGGGUUGUAUGUUGAGAUGUGGUCAGAUGAUGUUAGCCCAAGCUUUGUUAAAUAGACAUUGUGGUAGAGAUUGGAGAUGGACAAGAAAAAUAUAUGAUGAAAAAUAUAGAAAAGUUUUGGAAAUGUUUCUAGAUAAAAAGAAUGCAUACUAUUCAAUUCAUCAAAUAGCUUCCAUGGGUGUAUCUGAAGGUAAAAAUAUUGGUCAGUGGUUUGGUCCAAAUACAGUGGCACAAGUUUUAAAAAAAUUAGUAGUGUUUGAUGAAUGGAGUUCAUUGGUGAUUCAUGUUGCUAUGGACAACACAAUUAUAGAACAUGAUAUAAAAUGUUUAUGUAAACCUGGUUAUGAGAAGACAACAUGUGAUAUAUUAGGAAUGAACAGUAUGAAAGCUGGUGCUACAGGAUGUAGUAGUCGUGCAAAACCACAAGAUAAAAAUAAAUCUAGUCAUGUUGAUCCCUCAAAAUGGAAACCUUUAUUAUUGAUUUUACCAUUGCGACUUGGAUUAACAGAUAUAAAUGCUGUUUAUAUAGAAAGUUUAAAGAAAUGUUUAAGUUUUACCCACUCUGUAGGUAUAAUUGGAGGUAAACCAAAUCAGGCUCAUUGGUUUGUAGGUUAUGUAGGUGACAAGUUGAUAUAUUUGGAUCCACACACUACACAAGUUUCUGUAGACCUAAAUGACCACCUAAGUAAUGAUGACAGCUUCCAUUGUCCUCACCCUUGUAUGAUGAAUAUUUUAGAACUAGAUCCUUCAAUAGCAGUUGGAUUUUAUUGUGGAACAGAAUCAGAAUUUGAUGAUUUAUGUACAACAAUAAGAAAGUUUAUAACCUGUGAAAGUCGAACACCAAUGUUUGAAUUGUACCAAGACAGACCACCACACUGGCCACCAUAUGAACCAUACAGUGGAAAAUUUCCUUCUUCUUCUGAAUUUGCUGUAUUGGAUGGCACAGGUUGUGAAACAGAUGAUGAGUUUGAGCUGAUAGGUUGAUGAUAAUGUCUGUGAUAUGUAAUAUUAGGACAUAGUAUGAAGAUGUGUUCAAUGUUCUCAGCAACUGAUUAGAACAAGAUUUCACGAUUUUGCCUCAAGCAGCAUCCAUGAUGUUUCAUAUUUUAACUGAAUGAAAAUUGUUACAGAUUAUUAUUUUUCAUAUUAACAUUCAACUUUAAUUUAUUUUUUAAACCAUGAUUGUAUAAUUUGAUAUUAAGUUGUGAAUAUUACAUGUUUUAGAGAGUAUGUCGACUAUAAAAUUCUAUUUGGAUUUUCGUAUGUCUAUUCAUAUUUACCAGAAGUUUAUUUUAUGAAUCUGGAAGUGAAAUUGAAUAUUUAAAAUAGAUUUCUAUCCUAUAUCAUAAUAAAAUGUAUUUGUAGUGAGAUGUGAUAGUGUUUCAUCCUAUAACUCUUAAAUUUUCCCCAAUCAGUCCAGGAAUUUGGAAAGUAAAGACAUAAAGCAAGAUAAAAAUUGUGAAAACAAAGCAUAAAAUGAAGUUAGCAAAUAAAAGAACCAGUUACUGAUAUACAUAUCAAAACUUCAUAAUUGUUCCCAAGUUUGCCAAUAGUUUGGUUAACCCCAAACUUUUUUUCAAAUGAAAUUAUUUACAGGAAAUUAUGGGUAUGAUGUUUGAAUCUCACAAAUGUUUUGAAAAAGGAAUAUAAGCUAAAUAUUGUUAUAAAUGAAAGUUAAAGAUCAUACAUAAUUUUGUGAAAAGGGAAUUUUAGGUCUAGUUGUUUGAAAUUAGUUCUGUUAAUAUUAACAUUGCACCCCACAACUAUAUGCUAAGUGCAACAGCAUGUGUUUCUCUUCUACACAAUUUCUGCUCAUUGUUUUAUAUAUUUAUUUAAAAAUAUGUCUUUUUCUUUUUCAAAGAGUUACUGUAUAAAUAUUAUACCAUAUAUAAAACAGUUCCAAAUUAUUGUCAUAUACUUUUAUUUCCAUUUUUAGUCUUAACUACCUUUUAAUAGUAACCUUUUACCAUCUUACUACAGUGUAUAUAAACUUAGUCUGUGCAAAAUAACUUUAUUCCUUCUAGCAGAGAAGCACUUUUCAAGAUAAUUCUAAUACAAUGUAUCUGUCUUCCAAUUAUUUAAAAUAUUCACUCAUCUGAACCUACCUUUUACUAUGUAUAGACUAAAGGAUAAUAUUUUUUUGCACAGACUGUUUAAAACUUAUUAUUUUUAUUUCCAUCAAAUAUGGAGGAGACUUUGUAACUUGUGAGCUGUAUAUCUGCUGCUUCAAAUGCUUUUGUCAUUGUACAUUUAGACUUAGUAAUUGUUUAACAAAGAACAACCAUUUAUGUAUUUCAUUUAACAUUGAUUUGAUACUUUAAGUAUAAGGACUGAUAAUUUAUUAAUAUCUGCUGUUUCCCUGCAGUACCUCUAGAGCAAAUUUAUUUUUUAUUAUAUCCCCGCUUUAAAAAAGGUGGGGUAUACUGUUUUACCUCUGUCUGUCCUUCCGUCAGUCCGUCAGUCAGUCUGUCUGUCCCAUGAAUAUUUUUCGUCGCAUUUUUCUCAGGAACUACAAUACAAGGAUUUCUGAAAUUUGGUUUCAGGAUUUAUAUAAGUCAGCUAUAGGGUGUGAUGCGUUUUCAGAUUCAUCACUCGACAACUUCCUGUUUACUGAACACUUAUUUUUACACUAUUAAUAAUAUCCACUUGCGGCGGGGGUAUCAUCAGUGAGCAGUAGCUCGCAGUUUCACUUGUUUUUUUAUUUUUCUGUACUUCAGUAUUAAUGAAUGAGGUUUUUUUUGCUGCUAACUUUAAAAAACAGUCUUGGAUUAGAUUGAUCAGACAUCAAUAACUUUGUCAAAUCUUUAUAGAAUGUGAUGAAAGCUUCUUCAAGUUAAAAAAAGGUUUUAUAUAUUAUAUCUGUUUUCUUUACUGAUCAAUUGAGUUAGUCUUUGUCAGUCAACAUUAAACAGUUAUUCUGACAGCAGCAAUAACAGCUCUGGGGAACCUGUUAAAAAUAUUUUUUUUGUCAUUUGUGAUAUUUAUUUUUAUUUAUAUACUUCAGAGGAGAAAGGGCUGCUUGUGUUUUACCCUUUGAAUUAGAAAUUUACAAGUAACAUCAUUCAGAUAGACAUAAGUUUGUUGAAUUAUUUGAAUACUGCCUAACAUUAUUUUUUUUUAUUCUUGCACUCAAAGAAAACCUUUUGUAACAUUCAUAAUUGGUUCAUUUUGAAAGGUUCUUGUUAAAAUUAGAUAUUUGAUUCGUCCCAUCUUUCUGUUUGUUCAAAGUCAAAGUGUAACAAAAUCUCAUUUUGUGUUCAGCUGUUUCUCAUUUUUAACUAUGAAGUAGAUUUCAUUUUUUUGGUCAAAUACCCUGGUACAUAAUUUCUGCUUUUCCAAGAUAAUCAUACUUCUUUCAUCUUAUUCAUUUAGUGAUAAAGUUGUCAUAUAUUUUAAAAGAUUGAAUAAUUUUCAUAUUUUGUCAUUUCAACAGUCAUAUUUUUUCUAUAUCUCUUUCUUUCUUGUGAUUGGUAUAUGUUGUGAAUAUUUUGUUAUAUAAUUUCUGUGAAAUAUUUAUUUUUCUGAUAUUGAUGUGUACGUCAUCUUUAAUGAUGAUAGUUGUGAUGAAGUAAGACAUUAACCUUUUUAAUCGUCUCAUCAAGAAUUAUAACUCUUAUGUAUGAGACGCUGAUUUAGUCAAAUUUUCUGUAUAUAAGAACAUCCUGAAAUAUUUCAGGACCUCAAAUAUUAAAUAUUUGAGAACCUCCAUAAUUCAAAUUUAGGAUAUCCAUAAAUCAUUGAUGACAUCCUAAAAUAGAAAUGGACGUCCUGAAAUUGAAUUGAAGAGAUCCUGACAUAGUCUGUAAAUUGAUUUAUGGAGGUCCAAAGAUAUAUAAAGACUUAAUGGUUUAUGGAUUAAACUGAAUUGUCAUGAAAUAUUUUAGGAUAUCCUCAAGUACAACUUUUGAGUUUGAGCCUCAUACAUUUGUCAAGUUUUCCUCCAUCUUCAAUUUUAUUAAAUUAUCUACUAAUUGCAAUUGAAAAUCAUUGACCUUGAGUUUAAAAUAAACUGUGAUAUUAUA